UUCUGCGGGGAGGAGAAGGGAGCCAGACAGGCGACAGUGAACACGGUCUUGGCUUUAGGGCACAGGCUCGGGAGCCAAUGAGAAGCAGACAUCCACUCCUCUCUGUCCUGCCUGGCUUGGCUCAGCUCGGCGCGCCCUGUAAUUAGGAGCUCUUGCUGGGUUGGGCGCCGCCCGCCACGGUGGACAGCCUGGCUGGCUGCUGCGUCAAGGGAGUUUGGGAACGCCAGCUCCACACUGACUGAGGGCAGCAGGAGUUUAGAGCGAACGGGGCCAACUCCAACAGCGGCUGAAAAGAUCGCUUUUUAAAAAUGAACGGUCAAUCGUCGCCUGUCUUUGAGGACAAGAAACCGUCUCUGCCCGGCGCGGCGGGGAGCUCCAUCUCCACCAAGGACUCCCCCCCGACCCUGCCGGAGACCUCCUCCGCCGACGCGGGCUUCUACGGCGGGCAGAGCGCGAUGCACGACUCGCAGGACUUUUACGCGGCGCAGCAGCCGUACGGAGCGCCGCACAUGAACCCGUACACCUACCACCACCACCACUACAACCUGAACGGCAUGGCGCCCAGCGGCGCGUACUCGGUGGGCAAGGCGGAAUACCCGUACCCGCAUGCGGCGUACAGAGAUCACGGAGCCUUCGGCAGGGAGGUUCAGACGGCGCUGCAAGAACUGAAAGAGGAACCGGACCUGGAAGUCCGGAUGGUCAACGGGAAACCCAAGAAGGUCCGCAAACCACGGACCAUCUACUCCAGCUACCAGCUGGCCGUGCUGCAGAGGAGAUUCCAGUCGGCCCAGUACCUGGCCCUGCCGGAGCGGGCUGAGCUGGCUGCGCAACUGGGCCUCACCCAAACGCAGGUCAAGAUCUGGUUCCAGAAUCGACGCUCCAAAUUCAAGAAGCUCUACAAGAACGGCGAGUUUCCGCUUGGCGACAUGCCCUGUGAACAUAGCCCAGACGCCAGCGACUCCAUGGCCUGCAACUCUCCCCCCUCUCCAGCCGUGUGGGACAACGCCUCUGGCAACAGCAGCAACAACAACAACAACAGCAACACAAACGGCAGCAGCAACGGCAUAAGCAGCAUCAACGACACAAACGGCGGCGGCCUCAAGAACAGCGCAAUGCUGGAUCCCGCCAGCAGGGGUCAGGCUCCGUAUCAGCCCCCGAUCAGCUCCUCUCCUGCGUACAUGGAGGACUUUACGCAGCACAACUGGUACCAGCAGCCAGGGGCGCACUUAGGCUUGGCGCAGUCAGGCCAGAUACACCACACGCCACCAACAGCGCCAUCAGACGCACAGAGUAUGCGAGCCAUCUACUGAGCCACCAAUCUGGAUGCUCAACACCAUUGGUGCUGAAAAACCAGACCUUUUGUUUGCUUGUUUUUCUCCUCUUGAGAGGAAUUUCAGCGUUGCUGUAACCCCAAAUAACCUGACAGAGAACAGACUCAAGCAAUGACUGGUAGAAACUACAAAUAUAUGAAUUAUUCCUCCGUUUCUCCCAAGUCGGACUGAUAUUUUUGUGGGAGAUCACGUGGAUUGAAGUGUUUUUGCACUGCUUAGUCUGAUAAUAUUUUGUGAAUUAAUUUUUUUGUUUCUAUUUGAAAUUUCUCCGUAUUUAACGUAAAAAACUUUUAAUUAUUUGGUCAUUCCAAUAAAUUAUGUUCUGGAUUCGUCCUCUGUCUGUUCCCUACUGAAACAACGUGCUACUGAAACUCACUGCUGGACUUUACCAAACAUAAAGACUAUCAAGGUAAACCUUUUUUUAUCUAUCAGUCUAAAAAAAGAACUUAGUACAGAUUGAUGGACUCGUCUUUAUGUUAAACUGACUAAGACUCAAACUAAGAUUUUCUUAUUUAUUUCUCAUAUAUAUCCUCCUGUAUAGAAACACUGCAAUCAAAUGUAAGUACUGUCACAAUAUUAAAACCUUGUGUAUUUAGGGAAAAGAGUCUCAGCUUCCAACUGAGACGGUAGCUCUGUUUCUAAAUGUCAAGCAAAUUUCGAGCAAACUUUUAAAACAAAGAUGAGGAAGGAAGAAAAGAGUGUUUCCAUUUACUGGUUUGGCGCGAAUCAAAGUGUGACGUCUUCAGGUGUUGAUGCUACGUAUGGCUGCAGACCAGCAUGGACCCGACAUCUCAGAAAAACAGGAGAGAGUCCUCCCAUCUGCGCUGGAGGUUUGGACUGGGAGAGUUUGUUACGCUGGAACUUAUUCUGCAAACAUGUCUCCAUCUCCCUCUGAGUGCAUUAACUCUUUUUGCCUAAAACCGACUCAAACCAGGGAAAAAACUCGAAGUUAUUUUGAGUUUUCUACAGUGGUACUUCAAAAAGUGGCAUUAAAAAUCGUUAAUGGAACUAAUAGUAACUAAUUACUCAAUUACUUGUAUUUGCUACAAAGUUGAAUAAGAGGUGGACAGGAAAACAACAGUAACAAAACCCACCAGCAACAGGUUGGGGAGGGGUUUCUGUAUUCAUGGUUCCUCUGUUGUUUUGUGCUUGAACAUUGACCAGCACUGAUCAGCCCAGUCUUUUCGUAUUGGUGAACAUCCACAAUAGCAGCUUACUUUAGCAUUGAAGCUAAUUUUUAGCAUCAGAACACUGGGCUCCAAUCGAUGGGCAGACUUUGGCCGGCCCUGUUUAAAUUUCUUCAGAAAUUUUCUAGUUCCUUCUAAAAUCCUGAGCCUUACAUUACACUAUUAACACCGCAGGGAGAAAAAUAUCUUUUCUAACAAUGUUUUUGGGUAUAAAGUUAAUUAUGUCCUCCAACUCAGUUGAGGACAAGUCCUGCUGGUGGUGACGGACAAAGGGCAGGCGCAGAGGGAACGGGACUAAGUGAUAACACCAAAACUGUAUUUCUAAGGGACGACUUGUUAACUCAAUAUUCUUUAUAACAGAAUAUGAGUCAUUCAUUCUGCAUGUCAGAAAUAUCCUUUUCUGAGUCGAAUUUAAUUUCUUUUCGAAGCCGUCAUGACAUUUGGAAUUUAUCAGGGGAACUUUAAACUCACUCACCCCACACCUCGCCUGAUGCUCCUCAUGUCACCGUCUCUCUUUCUCUGCCUCUCCAUUCACUUCUCUCACUGAGAGCAAAUCUUAAAACAAGCGGUUUGAUGUUCAAACAAAAGGGGCUGGAAAGUUUUCCAACAACCACCCAGAGUUCCCCCUUCAGAGAAAAACAUGAAUUGGCUCAAGAAAAUUAUUCACAGCGGACACUUUUUUCAGGAGAGCUCUUCUCCUGAACGAUGAAGCAAACUCUGCAUAUAAUAUGGACCAACCUGGAACUGUGGAGACGCUCCUGUUAGCAUGAGGAGAAUAGAUAUGUUUGAAUCUUUAUUAUUUAAACAGACUUAAAAACAACUUGUCUUUGAUUAAGUCAACUUGACUGAAUUUCUAAACAAAAAAGGGAACAUAAAGACAAUUGCUUUCUGUGGUCACAUUUAACAGUAAUUUGUCCCAAAGAUGCUACGCUAGCCAGUCUUUUAGCCUGUACCAAACAUACUGUAAAGUAUUUCAUGUAAAUAUUAUGUGAAUAAAUUAAAUAAGGAA